AUGACCGCGCCCUUUCAGUCGAAAGACGCCUUCAGGGAAUGGAUCAAGGCUCCUGAAGCCCAUGAAGGACGAACCCAAGUCGGAGACUCUACAUGGUCGAACAAGGACCUCGAACCGACACCACCAGAACAAAGGACAUGGACCUGGUAUAACUUGCCAUUGUACUGGUUCUCAAACAUGUUUGGAACCACCGGGUGGAACGUCGCCUCUUCGCUCAUCGCCGUGGGUUUGACAUGGCAACAAGCCUUCGUAUCUUGCGUACUUGGCUCACUCAUCUCUGCCAUCGUCGUUACUGGUAUGGCGAUACCUGGCGUGAUGUACCAUCUUGGAUAUCCCGUUCUUGCGCGGUCGGUGAUGGGCAUGUACGGCUCAUACUUCUUCAUCUUCAUCCGCGCAAUCGUUUGCAUCAUUUGGUAUGGAAUUCAGACUUACUACGGCGCGAACCUGUUGUCCGUCUGCUUCCGCUGUAUUUUUGGGGACAGCUGGGACAACUGGCCCAAUAUGCUUCCUGCCGGUGCCGAUGUCACGUCGAAGCAGCUCUUGGCAUUCUUUCUACUUUGGCUGGUUGAGUUCCCAUUCACUUGGGUACACCCGACUCAUAUUCAUUACAUCUAUACUGUGAAAGGCUUCAUCAUGCCAUUCGCCUGCUUCGGACUCUUCGGCUGGUGUAUGGCUUACGGAACCGGCAUCUCAAACAUUGGCGCCGCAUCUGUUGCUGGCGCAUCAGCAGCCGCAAAGACACCGGUCGGAUGGGCUAUAAUGAGCGGUGUCAACGUCAUCAUGGGGUCCCUUUCGCCGAUGCUUGUGAACCAACCCGAUCUCGCGCGUUACUGCAAAGAGCCUCGCGAUGCCGGCUGGCUGCAAGGGGGCUGUGUCUUUUUCGCCAAGAUUCUUGUCUUCUUCCUCGGCUUAGCGUCAACGACAUCGUUGCAAGGCGCCUGGGGCACGGCUUACUGGAACCUGUGGGAUCUUCUUGAUGCUAUUCUUGACCACUAUUGGAAUCCUACGGCCCGCGCUGGCGUCUUCUUUGUGUCGUUCAGCUUCAUUCUUAGUGUGCUGGCGACGAACUUUGGCGCAAACUCACUUCCUUUUGGCGCUGACAUGACCGGGUUAUUUCCCAAAUACUUGACGAUUCGUCGAGGCCAGAUCAUCUGUGCCAUUCUCGGUAUCGUCGUCUUGCCGUGGAAGCUUAUUGCUAACGCAUCUGCUUUCAUCUCAUUCCUGGGCAGUUACAACAUCUUCAUGGGCCCUCUCUGCGCCAUCAUCAUUUUCGACUACAUUUUGGUUCGAAAAGGCAACAUCCAUGUGCCAUCACUGUACAAUGGCUCCAAAGGAGGCCUCUACUGGUUCAAGUCCGGAGUCAACUGGGUCGGGGUCUUUGCCUGGAUUGGCGGCACGGCAAUGGGCCUGCCCGGCCUCGUCGGGCAGUACCAACCUCAAAUAGUCAGCCAGCCGGCCAAGUACAUGUACAUGAUGGGCUGGGUCUUGACGUUCUUUACAUCAGCCAUCCUUUAUAUAGUGCAGGUGCAGUUCUUCAAGGCCAAGGUGUACCCACCAGGCUUUGAGAAUGCCCCGAUGGAAUACGAAUGGCUGGCGAAAGAGGGCCGAGAUGGGUUCUUUGAGGGCGAAAGGGAGGGUGAGAUUUAUGCACCUUCGUCUCCGCGGAUUGACGAGGCCGAGGAACUUACGGCGACCCAGGCGUCAGCCAAGAUUCGAGCUGGGGAGUUGACUGUGGAGCAGUAUGUGCGCUCGCUUUUGUCUCACAUCGAGGAGCGAGACUCUGUCGUCAAGGCUUGGGAAUAUCUGAAUCCCGAUCAGGUCAUUGCACAAGCGAAGGAGAUGGACGCGAUACCGCCAGAGAAACGAGGACCUCUACACGGCGUUGCGAUCGCGGUCAAGGACGUUAUCUACACCAAGGAUGCGCCUAAAGUUGAUGCAGGGUCCAUUAUCGUUCUUCGUCAAGCCGGUGCACUACUUCUCGGCAAGACAACGACGACUGAAUUCGCGGCCACUGUUCAAGGCCCCAAAACGGUGAACCCGCAUGGCACGAACCGGACGCCCGGUGGCUCUUCCUCUGGCUCAGGCGCAGCGAUCGCCGACUUCCAAGCGCCAAUCGGCUUGGGCACCCAAACUGGUGGAAGCACCAUCCGUCCAGGAUCUUUCAACGGCAUCUACGCCCUGAAGCCGACAUGGAACUCUAUCACCCGUGAGGGCCAGAAGAUCUACUCCUUGAUUCUGGAUACCCUGGGUUUCUUCGCCCGUAGUGUCGAAGAUCUGCAAUUAAUGGCCGAUGUCUUUGACCUCCAGGACGACGAGCCUCCCAAGGACACCUUCACAGUCAAAGGCGCCAAGUUCGCUCUCUUGAAGACAAUGGUGUGGCCUCAAGCCGGGCCCGGCACACAGUCUGCGAUGACGAAAGCAGCGGAACUUCUCAAGGCUCACGGAGCUGAGGUCGAGGAGAUUGAGUUUGACCCCGAGCUCCAGGAACUACCUCAGUGGCAUGCUACGGUGUUGCACAGCGACGGCAGAUCCGCUUUUCUACCUGACUACCGCGCUGCUAAGGACCAACUGCACGAGUUCCUGAUUUCGCAUGUUGACAACACGAAUAAGAUUAGCAGAGCGGAGCAGCUGGAAGCAUUCGACAACAUCGCCAUUGCGAGGCCAAAGGUUGAUAAGAUGCUAGGCAAGUAUGAUGCCGUGUUGGUGCCUAGUGUUGUUGACGAAGCGCCUGAAGGGACUUCGAGCACUGGAAGUGCUGCUUUCAACGCCCCCUGGACGGCGCUGCAUGUUCCCGUCGUCAACAUUCCAGGCUUCAAGGGUCCGAACGGGAUGCCCGUUGGUGUUUCUCUAGUAGCGCCGAGAUACCAUGACCGUCAUCUCUUGGUGGUCUCCAAGGUGGUCGGUGAAAUUUUCGAGGCAGAGGGAGGCUGGAAAUCUGCGUUGUAA